GGUUCAUUCUUUCUAUCAUCAACCAACAACAAAGCAAUCCAAUAGAUUUAAUCUUUUCAUACAUCUCUUCAAAAGAAUUCAAACGUUCAGAAAACAUAAAAUAGAAAUGACUUUGGUGAGAAGUCUACUGGGUGCAAAGAAGAUUCUUGGCCGGUCCGUCUCAGCAGCUUCCACGAGCAAAAGAGCAUCAUCAUCAGCACCUAAAGGGUUUCUUGCGGUGUACGUAGGAGAGGCACAAAAGAAGAGAUAUGUGGUGCCAAUCUCAUUCUUGAGCCAGCCUUCUUUUCAAGCGCUACUCAGUAAAUCCGAGGAAGAGUUUGGGUUUGAUCAUCCGAUGGGUGGCUUAACCAUCCCUUGUCCCGAACAUAUCUUCAUAAACGUAACGUCUAGGCUCCAAUGAUGAUGAUUAUCCAGAUCUUUUCUUCUUCAUGAGUUAGCAAUAGACUUAUUCUUUGUAAAUUAUAUGAGUUUUUUUCUCAUCUUCCUCCUUUUUGAAUGAAUUGUUGAGAGAAUGAAUAUCACAUCUUACGACA